AAACUCCAAGCCCGAAACCUUAUCCCCGCCUGACCAAAAUUCCCCACCCUACAGCUAGCCGUUAUCCUCGUCCCACGACCCCUAUAGGCUAUAUAUACCCAACCAAGCAACCUUUCAUACCUCACGACUUGCCCGUUAUAACCCGUUACAGAAAAUUCGACGGUUACAAUGAAAGCCCAGUUCUUUUACCUUCUUACCUUUCUCUUCCUCCCCAUCUUCUCCGCCGCGGCGGCCAGAGGGCCGCUUCUCGGCGGGUGGCAGCCGAUUAAGAACGUCGAAGACCCGCACGUGAAGGAGAUCGGGGAGUUCGCCGUGUCCGAGUACAACAAGACGUCCAAGGCCAGCCUGAAGUUCCAGAAUGUGGUGAAGGGCGAGACCCAGGUAGUUUCCGGCACGAACUAUCGUCUUGUCGUGGUGGCAAAGGACGGGGGCGUGACCAAGAACUAUCAGGCUAUUGUGUGGGAGAAACCCUGGGAGAAUUUUAAAAAGCUCACCUCUUUCACGCCUUUGAAAGCUUGAAGGACCGAUAUUAUGUACUAUCGACUACUUUGUGAAGUUGGUUGGUGGGUGGUUUUUAGCUGUGUUAAUGUAACAUCGAUCGAUCUUUGGUUGCUUGAUUUGUGAUGACCGAUGGAUAUGGAGAAUAAAUCUUAUAUAUGAAGUGAGAGCUUUUGUUGGUUUA